AUGGAGUGCACCGCAGGGUUCUCGCGGACCCCGGCCUGGCGCGACCAUCUGCGACCAUGCUUGGAAAAGGUGCGGUGCACCGUGGAGGAUGCCACCCUGCAUGCCACGGAUAAGGGCGUCCUUACCGGGAAGCAUGGAGUCUUCGUCGUGGCCAUCAAGCGGCGGCCCGACAUGACUCCCGAGACUUCUGCGGCGAAGCUGACCCUCUGGAAGCUACGUCUACCGCAGAAAGUGGCUACGCAGCCGACCGUUGGUGCGCUGUUGGGACGCCAGGGCCACUUCUUCCUGGAGAGCCCGCCGGCAACAAAGGAGUCGUCGACUUCGUGCAACCUGCCGUCACCAUCACGCAUGGGAGCAUCAUGGGUCGCCGACUGGCGGAGACCUGUCACAGGAGGAAUUUGUGCAGCUCACCACUGCCAGCCGGUCUUCGACGUUUCGCCGAGCGAGCGAUGGAUCGAUGCUGCGUGGGUGCUCGAGGAGUUUACCGUGCCUCCCAUGCUACGGGAAGCCUUCAGCGCGCUGGGCAUCCACGGCAUCGUCAACCAGAACGCCGACGAACGGGGCAGCAUAGACAACGAGUUGACGAUUGGGCUGGCUAGCCUGUGGACAGACCCCGUCGACGACAUCUUCGCCAUCGACGCUGAGACUGAGGGCACGUCGUACUUCGUCGUGAUCCCUCGGUUCACGAGGGGUAUGACUCGCCGAGCCGCGCGGUCGACGCUCACACCCACCGCCGCACCGUCACCCCGGGAGACGGCAGGUGCUGGCGAACGCCGUGGUCGCGGCCGCCCCCGUGGGACGGGGCCUGCACGCCGGUCACCAUCGGCCCCGCACGUCACGGAGCCAGGUGCAGGGGAACCCGUGGACAAGGACCCCAGGGCUUCCGCCGCACCCACCUCAGGCCCGGCACCGCCUCCUCCGCCACAACCGAGACCUGCUGACGCGGAUGCCGGCCCCACGCCGGCAGCGGCCGCGCCACCGCCUUCGACGCCACCCCCUGCACCAGCGAUGCCGCAGGAGACCCUCUUAGACGACAACACCCCGCUGGACACGCCGGAGCUACGACAGGCCAUGGGAGGUGCUCUAGAUGGACUCCAAGACCUCAAGGUAACUUCCUACGACGGCAACCGUUCUCUGCUCGUGGUGAUCGACCGAGCCUCCAAUUUCCUCGCGGCCUUCCCGUUCCCGUCCAAGGAAGCUAUCGGGGUGAGUCGUAAGCUCUUGGAGCUCCUGCUCAUCUUUGGCCUGCCCCUCUCGAUCCGCUGCGACCCGGGUAGCGAGUUCACCGCGGAGGAUAGCCACCACUCGAAGCUUGCGCACGAUCUUUACACCGGCCCAUGGAAGGUCACCAACGUCAUCCACGACCGCCUGAGCUUCACGGUCCAGCUCAACGGCCGCCAGGUCUGCAUACGCAAGGUGGCAACGCCUGAUCUCAAGCCCUACCUUGUACGGCCGCAGGAUCUUCGGCUGCCGUUCGAGUCUGGACGUCUUUCACGCACUCUGUACGAGGCCUGCCUUUGCGAGGACGCGGCCCCACGACCCGCCGGGCCGCCUACCCGGGGCGAGCGCGAAGUGGCGUCCAGGGAGCAGGCGAUGCAGCUCUUCCCGGUGGGCACGCCGGUCGGCCGUGAGUUCACCGACAGUGACGGCCACCUCAAGGAUCCUCACGGCGGCAAUCUUCUCAAGACCGCCGACAAGCGUCUAGCCUAUCUGGACUUUGGUUUGGUGAGCGUGAUACCUCCGGGGGUUAUGGAUGCGCUCAUCUGCGCCACGGUGUACGUGAUGAACAGGGACUAUGUGGCGCUUGCCAAAGGUUUCCCCGCACUAGCGUUGAUGAGCGAGAGCGACCUGUUGGAGGACUUCGAGCCGUUCGCCGCCGCGCUGGAGGCGGCCCUGGACCCCAUCGUUGCCGACUUCCGCCGACAGAUGGGACUAGAUGGCGGUUUCGGAAGCAACGGGGCGCCUUCGGGGUCCGAGCGUGUGGCGUUCGCGCAGCUGAUCGACCGCGUCUUCCUCCUGGCGAGGUCCUUCAACUUUCGGGUGCCCCCGUACUUCAUCAGCAACGUUAGGGCCCUCGGUGAACUGGAGGGGCUAGCCAUGACAGCGGACCCGGGUUUCAACCUGAUAUCGGUAGUGUACCCCUACGUGUGCCGCAGGCUACUCACGGACCCCAGCCCCCCAUUGCGAGCCGCCCUCAAAGAUCUCAUCGUGGCGGACGACGGGUCGGUCCAGUGGGACGUGCUGGAGGUGCUCAUGAGCGAUUCCAACUUUCUCGACCAACGAGUUGGGGCCGGGGGAGAGACGAGGCGGCCGCCCUUGGAUCUGUCCGUGGAUUUCAUCCUGUCUGACGAGGGCGCUUUCGUGAGAUCGGCGGUCAUGUCGGACUUAAAGAUGGCCGCGGCCUCUUCCGUCAAAAGCAGAGUCCCUUGUGUUUUUCGAAGGAAUCGACGACGGCAGGGUCGACGACGACGACAACGAGCGGGACCCCACAACGAUGGCUCGAAGAGUAUAGUUUCUUCCACCGCCCCCCCCAUACGAGGAGAGCAGCGGCCGCAGCAGCAGCAGCAACACCGCCAUCCACAACAACGAUCCGGUGAUGCUGCAGUUUCCCCCAGCGAAGGCGGCGAAGCGAAAGCAGCGACAACUGCCACGGAGCGAGAAGCGCGAGCAGUCUCCCGACGAUUGCUUAGGAGACGGGCCCUGAGGGGAGCGCGUUGGAGGCCGAUUUUGGUCGUGCGAGUUAUCGCUGCUGUUUUCGCGGCUGCAGGGCGGGGCAUAGGCAUGGCUAUACUCGGAGCGUUUCGAGGACUGCUUUCGCGGAGACACGGCGAAGAAAACAUCGAGGGCUUGAAGCGUUAACGCUGCUGAUGCGGGCAUGACCAAUACUUCUGGCUAAAAUUGACGGCUGCACCCACGUGCCACAGCCCCACUGUAGAGAUCUUUUGGUAGCGUAGUGUUAACGGUGGAGAGGUUAGACGCGAUAGAGAAACUCGACAAAAAAAGUCGCCAAUUGACGUGGGAAUACAAGUUGUGGAAAUGCUGCUCUUUUGUCGAUGCUCAUCACUGCUGUAAAUUAAUUAAAUGUGACGCGCAAGUGAGAGGUGCACUGAAGCGUAGUGUGU